GAGAGAGAGAGAGAGAGAGAGAGGCGCGGAGCUCAACAUCAUCAGUCGCAAUAACGGCUUAAUCAUUCCUCACCGUGGACGACCGACACCAACCUCAGCAUCUGACACGCUUUUUUAAUAGACACGAGAUAAGAAACACGCGUUAAGAAAACGACAAUUUAUUUUGUUUCUGGUGCUGGUGAUUUUUGGUGGAUUUUAAGGGUGAAGCGGUGAAGUCCACCCGGCGGCUCAACACCUUCCGUCACACCGCAGGUCAAACUUCACCGGACACACUUCAGACGCACCAUGAAGUACAGCUACUGGAAUCUUUGAAUUGAGCGGAGGAAGUCGAGAGAAAAAAGCCGGGUUUGAAGAAAACGCAAGCAAAAACAGAGGGACAAAAGAAUAAAGUACAUUGGAGAAAGAGAGACACGAAAAGACGGGGACAAUGGGGAGGAAAAAGAUUCAGAUCACACGGAUUAUGGAUGAGCGCAACAGACAGGUGACGUUUACAAAGAGAAAGUUUGGCCUGAUGAAGAAAGCCUAUGAGCUGAGCGUGUUGUGUGACUGUGAGAUUGCCCUCAUCAUCUUCAACAGUACCAACAAGCUGUUCCAGUAUGCCAGCACAGAUAUGGACAAAGUGUUGCUCAAAUACACUGAGUACAACGAGCCACAUGAGAGCAGGACCAACUCCGACAUUGUGGAGACCCUGAGAAAGAAGGGUCUAAAUGGCUGCGACAGCCCAGACCCCGACGCAGAUGACUCGGUGGGCCACAGCCCAGAGUCAGAAGACAAAUACCGUAAAAUCAACGACGACAUUGAUCUGCACAUGAUCAGCAGACAGAGGAUAUGUGUAAGUACCUCAAAGGAGAACAAAGGCGAUGAGAGCGUGGAGCUCGAUUCUGCUCUCGCUCUCACUCUCACUCCACGCACAGAGGAGAAAUACAAACAGAUUAAUGAAGAGUUUGAUCUAAUGAUCAAGACUCAGAAGAUUCCUGCUGUGCCCUCCUCCACCUACGAGAUGCCCAUCCCCGUGAAUAACCAGAUAUACCCAGGCAGUCAUAACCUGCUUCCGCUGGCCCACCACAGCCUGCAGAGAAACAGCAUGUCACCCGGGGUCACACACAGACCACCUAGUGCAGGUGGUCUGAUGGGCACCGAUCUCUCCACUGGCGUGGGCAUCAGUGCUGGAAAUGGCUAUGGAAACCACCGUAACUCUCCAGGACUUCUGGUGUCCUCCGGAGGCAUGAACAAGAGCAUGCAGGCCAAGUCCCCUCCACCGGUGAAUCUGGGGAUGAACAGCCGUAAACCUGACCUACGGGUGCUCAUCCCACCUGGGGCCAAGAACAACAUGCCCUCUAUUAAUCAGAGAAUAAACAACUCUCAGUCUGCGCAGUCACUGGCUACCCCUGUGGUUUCGGUAGCGACGCCCACUCUACCAGGGCAGGGAAUGGGCGGCUACCCAUCAGCCAUUUCCACCUCAUAUGGUACUGAGUAUUCUCUGAGCAGUGCGGAUCUGUCCUCUAUAUCUGGCUUUAACAGUGCCAACAGUCUGCAUCUGGGCUCAAUGAGUGGAUGGCAGCAACAUCAGAUCCAGAACAUGCAGCACUCUGCUCUCAGUCAGCUGGGAAAUUGCUCUAGCACUCACUUAUGUCAGGGUUCAAAUCUCUCCCUGCCCUCUACUCAAAGCCUGCACAUCAAGUCCGAACCUGUUUCUCCUCCUAGAGAUCGAUCCAGCAGCACCACGCCUGCCGGUUAUGGCCCGCUACCGUCCCACCAGCAGCACCAGGGCUUGCCCCCACAGGGGCGACAGGACUCGGGCCGCUCCCCAGCUGACAGCCUCAGCAGCUGCGGCAGCUCGCAUGAAGGCAGCGAUCGCGACGACCAUCGCCCCGACUUCCAUUCGCCAUUAGGAUUGGGCCGGCCCGGCCUGGAUGAGCAAGACAGUCCAUCCAUCAAGCGUGUCCGUCUCUCGGAGGGGUGGGCCACAUGAUAAGCCCCGCCUUGGACAGCCCCAUCCUCGAUAUUGACCUCCCCAUGCGAAGCGGUUCAUGCGCUUUCUGCCGUUUAUGACUAAUCACAAUCAUUGCUCUCCCUUAUUCUCUGAUUUGCUGUAGAGAGGGGAGGAAGUGCUCUCAAAAUCAUCUGUAAUUUUUAUAUUAUUAUAAUUAUUUUAUCAGAGUGUGUCUGAUAUACAUAUUGUUGUGAUUGACGGGUUUUCCGGGAGGGAAAAGGGAAGGAGGACUGAUACAACAGGGUUGGGGAGGGUUAAGUGGGCGGGGUUACUAUGCAUAACUUGUGCAGUGUCUGGAAUACAAUGUAAAGAAAUACCAUAUAUGCAUAUAUAUUUACACAUUGUGUAGGUGUAUAUGUAUGCAGAGUAACAAACCAACAAAAAGUGUCAGGUACUCUUGGAUCUUCUUUUUUUUUUAAGUACAUGCCUCAGUCACAAGAGGAGCACAGAUACAGUGUAUCGCAGAGGUUACAGCUUAACACUUGAGUUGUUGUAUCAGUACAAUAUGUACAGAUUCCUUUUUUUAGUGCCACUCUCUUCAGACGGCCCCUUCGCUAAAUGUAUGUUAUGGUUGACAAUGUCAUGUUGCAGGUUCAACGUACUGUACAUAAAGGAAAGGCUGGGACACGGGGGAAUGGUCAAGGUUGCUGAUUUAACACAAACAUAACUGUUAUGCAAGAAUUUCAAAGGAUUGCACAGAUAUAUGUGCAGGUUCCUUGGUUAAGUUAUGGGGAAUGGGUAUUUCAGGAAAAAAAAGAACUCUCCUGUUGAAGGAAAGAAAAUAGCAGGAUGGAGUGGCAACGCAGAGAUGAAGGACUUUAAAUUAAGAGCCAUGUUACUUCAGUCUGAUGACAUUUUAAUCUAGGACUUGCAGUUGUUGUUCAGUAUUAAAAAACGAAAAAGAGAAAAAAAAUUGUAUGAUACUCUUGCUUAUAUUUUCAUAUCAAAAAGGAAUACAAUGCAAAGCAUUUUUUGUGGCUUUUUGUAGUUUAUAAGAGCCAGAAUGUGUUUUGAUAGCUUUGCUUAUAUGAGAAAUUAUAGUAAAAGGAUGAGAAACCUUGGGCUUUUCAACUGUAAGCCAUGAAAUCUGAGACAGUGAACCCUUGCUUUGCUCAAUGUUUUUUUCUUUCUCUCUCUUACUAUCUCUUUGUAGAAGUUUUGUUUUUAAAUGUGUAUUUCUAAGUAUAUUGAAUAAUAAUAUUAAGAAUCUUUUUUUUUUUAAAUCUGUGAAAUUAACAUGCUUGUGUAUAGCUUUCUAAUAUAUGAAUAUAUAUGAUAAACAAUUAUGUUCAUAACUUUUUCCCCAUUGCAGGGAAUUCUUUUUAUUCCCCCCUUCUUUUUUCCUCCACCGGACUGAGUCUUUCAGGGGCAAAUACAUUCAGAUUGAUGUUUUCAAAUUUAAGUUGCACUCAUAAAUAUGCUCCUUUUUUAAUAAAUGCAAGAUAUCCACUCUGGUCUGGAAUAUUCACAACCUUUUAAAGUUCCAAGUGUAACAUGAAUCAACAUUGCACUGAAGAUUUUAUAAUAUAAGACAGCACAGUCAUAGAUACCUCAUGACUGCUCCUGUAAGUGUGUGUCAUCAUUUAGUGGAUUGUGACUAGUUUUGUUCAAUUGAUAUACCUAUCUAUAAUUGUGCAUUCUGUGAUUUUUUUUUUUUUUUUUUACCAAAGACAAAAAAGUGGUGUUAUGUUUGCCGAUCCAUUAUCCUUUCUGGGUUUGAGACCAUUGUGUUUCUUCCCAAUUGUCCAUGCUAGUGGCUGGUACCUCUGACUCACCUUCCCAGUGCCUCAGAUUACCUUUCAAUGAGUUGGUCUUGUUGAGAAUUGGGAACAUUCUCCUCUAACUAACAAGUGUAGAGUAUUAUGAAAGAUGCCAUUGUUUGUUAUAUAGUUUACAACUGUCCAUGUAUGACUCUCCGGUUAUUUUUUAUUUUUCCAGUUUGACCUUUUUUUUCUUUUUUUUACCUUUUCUUUCCUCUCUCGAGUGUUGUUUCCAUUAAGUAUAUAAAUGACAAAAUAAAAAUGAAAAAAAUUAAAUAAAAUAAAAAUGCUGAAAAAUUCUGUAGUAACAAAUGUAGCUUGUAUAAACCUAUUGGUAAGGUUGAGAGAAAGUUUCUUUUUUUUCUCUAACCAGGAGAAAGAGGCUUUCAGCGGCACAAGCUGGACUUUGUCGCCACUUGAAGACAAGAUGUAAUUAAAUUAAACCACAUCUCUGUAUCUCAAGGGACUUGAUUCAGUAUGAAGUAAAAAUUAAUGUAUUGAAUACAAAUUGUUUCGCCUGCUGGGACUAAAAAAGGUAUUUGUAUUUUGCAGAGAAUUCAGUAAAGUUACUGGCUUUCUUGGUUA